UGUGUGUGUGUGUGAGACACAGAGAGAGAGAGAGAGAGAGAGAGCUGCAGGAACAUGGCGCAUUACAGAGCCUCAGAGUCUAAGCGAGAGCAGUUCAGGAGGUACCUGGAGAAGGCCGGAGUGCUGGACAGCCUGACCAACGUGCUGGUGGCUUUGUACGAGGAGAGCGAUAAACCUAGCAAUGCCCUGGAUUUUAUAAAGCAGCACCUGUCCGCAGGAGACGCGGAUUCCAGCCAGGCCGAGGUUCUCCGAGUCGAACUGGAGCAACUGCAGCAGAAAUAUGACCUGCUCCAGGAGGAGAACCGCGAGCUCAGGAACCGGCUGCUGCAGUAUGAACCUGCUGCUGAAGACGGAGGAGCAGAAUGACCCGUGCAGUGUGUGUUAUAUUUACUUUAGAUAAUAUUAUUAUUAUUAAGAGCAAUAACACUGCAAGGAGUUUUGUGUUAAUGUUGUGUAGAUUUAUGUUCAGCAGUGUGUGUGUGUGUGUGUGUGUGUGU